AUGACUCCUAAACAGCGUGCACGUGCCACUGAAACACAAUCGAAACGACAAGGAACUGUAACCAAAAUUAAUGAACAGAUUAGUUUAAUCCAGAAUGAAUAUAAUAUAGCAAAAAAAACGUACCAAAAAAAAGCGAAAUCAAUAUAUCUCGAAUGUCAAGUAGAAGAACAACAACGACUCGAUCUGAUUAAAGAGACGCUCAUCGAUUUUUGUCACGCAAUUCAAUUUCAAAUAGAUGAGCAAUCCGAUUUAGAUAACAUUUAUUCAGCUUUAGUUGAACAUAUUGAAACACGACAAAACACAUCUGAAGACAUUACGUACUGGGUUCAAUCAUAUGGCAUCGCAGAUCAAACGACAGACUCUAUCUGCGAAGAUCUUGAACAAACAUCUAUACUUUCCAAAUCGUCAAAAGUCAAAAAACAACUCGUUGAAGAAUCAACCGCAAAUACCGCAUCAUUAGCGGCAACUGUCAUGAAUACGUCAACAGUAUCGAAAAAUGCGGAAAAAAACCAAUACGAGUCGUCUGUAACAGGUCAAACGAUAGUGUCUAAAAAAGCACAAAAAAAGGAGCAAGAGGCAAUUUUGGAAGAUGAGGAAGAAGACGAAGGAGCAAAAACGAAAGUGAAGCGAACAAAAUCGAUUAACUCUAAAAAAAUCCAUUUAGAAGCAGACGAAAUAUCGACGACAACGGCCAAUGUUCUAGCAUCCGUUUGA